AUGGGAUUGUUAAAUGGGUUUUGCUCUGUGAUGAUCCUCCUCAUCAUCAAUAUAGUUGCAUUGUCCACCGAUCUCAAUCCCGUGGCUGCACAAGUCAACGUCAAGACAUGUGCAAAUGGAAAAAUGACCAAACAAUGUGGAGAAUCCAUCCGUUUGAGUGUGGCUAUGAACGUUGGGCCGCCGCCAACUAAUGAUUGCUGCAAAGAACUCGUAACGGUUGGGAAGCCCUGCCAUGAUGCAUACGUGCAGGAACGUCAUCUUAAGGUCCAUGAUUUUGUGGGGUCCGCUGAAGAUUUGCUUAAGAGAAGCGACCAAGUUUGGACUCAAUGUGUUCAGUCCGUUCAUGCUUCCGCUGAGGCUCCUGGUCAUUUUGACUGA